AUGAAUCCUAGCAUUUGCUUCGUUGCACUAAUUGGAGUCAUCGCAGCUUCAACCGAUUCACCGGCCACUAUCUUGGCCCCUCUUGUUCAGAAAUACCAAGACCUAAUUUACGCCGAACAAUACGAUGAACUCGAAGAUCUUUACCACCCCAACGCCAUUCUUGUCGUCAAGGGCCAACCCAAUCCAUUCUACACUCCAGAAAAGAUCUUCAAGGAAAUCCAGGAAGCCCGCGCCAAGGUUGGAAACGCCAAGACUGACAUUAUCAAGGAAACCUACACUGGUGCCGGUGAUAUCUUGAUGUACGAAAAUCUUUGGAGGAUCAAUGCUGGAGGACACGAACUGAGCGGCCCCUACCGUUCUAUAUGGGUGAAAUUCGAGGGCCGUUGGGUAAUCUACCACGAGCAAUACUCGCAGUCCAAGCGCUAUCACAAGAACCACACCUUC